CACCACCACAUACUCCAUAGUCUCCAACAAGAUGAUCGCACGAACCGGACUGAGAUCUUUGGCAAGACAAGCCCAUGCUGCCGAACUUCGCACUCUUGCCACCGCUGCGCAGACCCCCGUUCCCGCCACCCGCCGUGAGGUUCCUCUCGGCUCCCAGUCCAAGCCCUCCUCUGCUGUCGACCACGUCCUUACCAGCGUCGAUGCUGUCGUCAAUUGGGCUCGUCAGGGUUCUAUCUGGCCCAUGACUUUCGGUCUCGCAUGCUGUGCCGUUGAAAUGAUGCACUGUUCCGCACCAAGAUACGACCAGGAUCGUCUCGGUAUCAUUUUCCGUGCUUCUCCGCGUCAGUCCGAUGUUAUGAUCGUUGCCGGUACCUUGACCAACAAGAUGGCUCCUGCAUUGCGUCAGGUGUACGAUCAGAUGCCCGACCCGAAGUGGGUCAUUUCUAUGGGUUCUUGUGCGAACGGUGGUGGAUACUACCACUACUCGUACUCUGUCGUUCGUGGAUGUGAUCGUAUUGUGCCUGUGGAUAUCUACGUUCCUGGAUGCCCACCAACGGCCGAUGCGUUGUUGUACGGCAUCUUCAUGCUUCAGAAGAAGAUGAAGAACACCAGGAUCACCAGGCACUGGCAGAGAACUUAAGCUGUGGUGUCUUGGCAUCUGGAGGGAGAUUAUUGGACGCAGAUGAAAGAUAUUAAAGAGAAAGGUUUUCCGGAGCAAGGUCUCAGGAUUCGUCGUUCGUUUUCGGGUUUGUUUUUACGGUGUAAUUCCCAUUGUUUUUGUCAGCUGUCACUAUCCUAGAAUUGGAUUGCAUUUUUAUAUCAUCGCAUUUUGCAGAC